CGUCGGGGCCUGGGGAGGCAGCGGGGACCGAAACCGGGAACAGAACCGGGACCGGCACCGGCACAGGGACCGGCACGGGAACCGGGACUGGGACUGGCUGCUCUUCUCGGGGACGGGUCGGGGGGAAGCGACCCCGUUCCCACGCGGUUCUCCCGGUUCGCGGAGCCAGAACCGGAGCGGGGGAAGGGCCGGGGCCAAGCCCGCCCAGAGUCGGUGCGGCUCCUGCACCGGGUGUGGGCGGGACGAGCUGCCCGGGCUCCCUUAAAGGCAAGGCCGGCGGCGGAGCCGGUGCUGUCGGGCCGGCUCCGAGCGCACCGGGAGCGGCGGGGCCAUGGGGGCGGUCGGUGCCCUGUGCUGGCGGCUGCUGCCGGUGCUGCUGGCCGUGCACCGGGCCGCAGGUACUGCCGCGGCCGGCAGGGAUGGGAUGGACCCUGCAGCAACCCGCCAUCAUGCUGGGCUCCCCUCCCUGCAGAUGUUGUCCUCAGGCUGGACACGACGCAGCGCUUCCAGAGGGUGAAGGGUUUUGGUGGCUCCAUCACCGACGCAGCCGCCAUCAACAUCUUAUCCCUGCCGGAAAGAGCACAGGAUCACCUGCUGCGCUCCUACUUCUCUGAGGAGGGGCUGGAGUACAACCUCAUCCGGCUCCCCAUGGCCAGCUGUGACUUCUCCCUCCAUGCCUACACCUAUGAUGACGUCCCCUACGACUACGAGCUCACCCACUUCGCCCUGCGGGACGAGGACACCAAGCUGAAGAUCCCCCUCCUUCACCGAGCCUCGGCCGUGAGCAAGUGGCCGCUGUUGCUGUACGCCAGCCCCUGGACCUCCCCCACCUGGCUGAAGACCAGCGAGUCCUAUGUGGGGAAGGGGACACUGAAGGGGCAGGCAGGGGACAAGUACCACAAGACCUGGGCCAACUACUUUGUACGGUUCCUGGAUGAAUACGCCAAGCACAAUGUGACAUUCUGGGCAGUGACAGCAGAGAACGAGCCCACGGCAGGGCUGAUCAACAACUACCCCUUCCAGUGCCUGGGUUUCACAGCUGAGCAGCAGAGGGACUUCAUUGCUCGCGACCUGGGCCCAGCACUGGCCAACAGCUCCCACCGCCACGUCCAGCUCAUCAUCCUGGACGACAACCGGCUCCACCUGCCACACUGGGCCAGAGUGGUUCUGGAGGAUGAGCAGGCAGCUCGCUAUGUCCAUGGCAUCGGCAUCCACUGGUACCUGGACUUCAUCGGCCCCAUACAGGACACAGUGCUGCCCACUCAUGAGCUCUUCCCUGACUACUUUAUCCUGGCCACGGAGGCGUGCAUCGGGGCCCAUUUCUGGGAGCGGGAUGUGAUUCUGGGCUGCUGGGAGCGGGGCAACCAAUACAGCCACAGCAUCCUGACGAAUCUGAACCACUUUGUGGCCGGCUGGACUGACUGGAAUCUGGCCCUGGAUCUGGAGGGGGGCCCUAACUGGGUCAAGAACUAUGUGGACAGCCCCAUCAUCGUGGACAGCAGUGAAGGCAUCUUCUACAAGCAGCCCAUGUUCUACCACAUGGGGCACUUCAGUAAAUUCAUCCCCGAGGGCUCCCAGCGUGUGGGGCUCGUCGCCUCCAGAGAGUCCAAGAAGACAGCGCUGGAGUACACGGCUUUCCUGCGCCCUGAUGGGGCUGUGGUUGUGGUGGUUCUGAACCGGUCCCCCCAGGACAUCACCUUUGGGCUGGCAGACACCGUGGGCCUCCUGGCGGCCGUGGCUCCGGCCAACUCCAUCCAGACCUACGUGUGGCAGCGGCAGUGACGGGGCCGAGGCGCCGGGGGCCAGAUGUGCAGCCCCAUCUGCCCGCGGGCUCGGGCCAGGGGCAGCGUCCUCGGGGCUGUGACAGAGCCAGAGCGGGCCGGGGACGCUGAGCGUGUGCAGGAGGGCCGGGGGCACGGUGCCCCUCAGGGUGGAGACCCCACAGGCUGUGAGCGCUGUGUUCUGCUGUUCCGACAUUAAACACGGAUGCUGCCUUGA